UGCACUUCCGGUCGGCGCUAAAGCGUGCUGCUGCUGGGUUUGUGAAGCUCAAACGUAACCGUGACGAAAAGACUUCAACCUUUUGAUUUUGCGAAUUAUAACUCUUUAAUUUAAAUAAAAAAUGAGUUUACCGCUCAACCCAAAGCCUUUCCUGAACGGUCUGACAGGAAAACCUGUGAUGGUGAAGCUGAAGUGGGGGAUGGAGUACAAAGGCUACCUGGUGUCUGUGGAUGGAUACAUGAACAUGCAGCUGGCAAACACAGAGGAGUACGUCGAUGGAGCUUUGGCGGGACAUCUUGGUGAAGUUCUUAUCAGGUGCAACAAUGUUUUAUACAUCAGAGGUGUAGAAGAGGAGGAGGAAGAUGGAGAAAUGAGGGAGUGAUUCGCUGGUUGGAUCUGAUUUGUGUUUGUAUAGCUCUGCGUGGA